AUGUCUGCUCCAAUGGAUCAGUUUGACCAAAAAGCGAUAGAUCACAUUCGGUCUGGUAAUAAUCAUCCACUACUAUUAGGAGAUCAACAAUCUCUCGCAGUAGGAAGUAAUGUUUCAUUAUUUAAAUGUAUACAUGAAAAUAACUUUAACAAAUAUCAACUUCCAUUAUCGCCUUUACAAGUUGUUUUACCACAAGUGUUGAUUCGGGAGCCAUCAACGAUUAUCGCAAGCAUUGAUAUACACCCUAACCAUUUCGGAGGAUAUCCAUUAGUUGCUGAUGAAGAUGUUUAA